GACAGUGAUGGUGCUGCAAUUGAUACAUCGAAGAAUGGGAGGGGUGAUGAUGUCUUCGGAGGGGAUGUGACCAAUCGGCGAUUGUAUUGACCGAUGCCGCGCUAACAUUCGCAGACGAUCAUGUCACGAUAUCACAGCUGCCGCAAACACCAAUUGCGAGUCAAGACUUCACAAUGAGGACGCCAUAUACCUGCAGACAAUGUCUGUCGCUAGUCAAGACGCCGAGGUCUCAAUUACGGCCGUCGCAAGGGCUUCGCCAGCUCGCGCCCAAGGUGUCGUCGCAACGGAAUCACUCCACCAAAAGUCCAGCACCGCCAAAACUCGCCCUACCGAAGCGUAACCUCUCCACGACGCCGAAGCGGGCCUUUGAGAAGCCGUUCGAACCAUUCGAAUACAUUGACCCAGAGGGUCAUCGACGGAAGUUGGUCCUGACCGAGGACAACCUUUUCAAUUCUUUCUCCGAUUCACCUAUACCCGAAAUACGCAAACGUGCUGCGUUUAUGCGCCAGCAUGCUUACUGUCCACACCCCUCGCAUCAGCCGACACGUCCGGCAAACAACCCCAUGGACCUAGAGGCACGCAAAUCAUCCGAGACAGGCGCUCCACCCGCCCAUGUCGAUUUCGAGUGUCCAGACUGUGGUGUACCAGUAUACUGCUGUGAAGAGCACUGGGCCGACGACUACGAGGCGCAUUUGGAGGUCUGCGACGUUUUGAAACAAAUCAACGAAGACGACCAUGAUCUGAGAAGUGGGCGUUUCUUCAAGGAGUUCCAAUUUGCGGAGCCCCAGAUGGAGGAGAUUCUGGUCAACAUGACAAGUUGGGAUACAUACAUGUACACACGAGACUUUGACGCGCUGAACGAGGACCGAGAGAUGCGCCAGGCGACAAAGCUGUUGACAUACCCCAUCACGAUCGCGAGUGUCCUGAACGAGUUGAGUCCCUACAACAUCCGGAAGAACGGGCGCAUGACACCCGAGGGGUUGAAGAGCUUCAGCGCCCUCCGUCACACCCUUCACCCACCGCGAACAGGUGGUGGAGAUACCUGGAAGAACGCCCGCCUUGCUCCGCCAUCCGUCCGCCUCUUCAUUCUCGGCGCACGCGCAGAAUCCUCCCUACCCCGCGAAACAUGGAUGCAACUUUCCUACCUCUUCCACCGCGUACAAUUCUCCCUCAACUUCAUCGGCCCUGAGAGUAUGGCAAACCGCGAGAAGGAACUACCGCUGCCCGAACGCACUCCUCUCAACCCCUUCGGUGCUGUUGUCGAGGACCGCAUCAGCAACUCCUUGAAGAUCAGCACCUUCGUCGAGUACUACCACAACAUCCACAAGACGGGCUACUUCUACCCGUACGACCCGUACUUUGACUGCUUCAUCGUCUUCCAUCCCGGUUUCGGCAACCCAGCCUCCGCGCACGAAUGGGAGGAGACGCUACCCCUUCUCCUCGAGACCAAGGUUCCUAUCAUCGCAACCGGAUACAGCCCAUGGGACAUGCAGCAGGAUGUCGACUUCUUGAACAAGAGGUUUGGCAAUGAGAUGGACAUGUUGCUUGAGCCAGGUGAAAACCUGUUCAGGAGUCUGAGGUGGGACCUGAACGACCUAGACCCACACGACGUUACCUGCAGCAACUGGGGUGUGUACGCUUUCCGUGGUAAGCGAUACGAGACCACCAAGAAGGAUGAGGAUGAGGAGGUGCACAGCGAUCGCACAGCAUGAUUGCACGCCAUGUUCGUAUGUAGAUAUAUGUACAGUAUUGUAUAUCAGACUUCCACUGUGCAAGGACGACUGCUCAAUGUCCUAUCUACCACACACACCAAAUUGCUGAAGUUCACAAGUAUAAGACGGACACGAUGUUAAGCCGGGACAAGUGCACUUCAUCGCUAACAUGAUCGAAGCCUGUGAGACGAGUAUCAUUAUAGGAGGUAGAAGCCCAACCGAUAUGCGGAAGGAGCACGGAAAAAAGAACUUUAGCAGCUACAACAUUGUCAUGGACACCGUUUCCAUUCGCCGAC